CAAGUUAGGACUGGAAAAGCUGAGGCAGAAAUGAACUCUUCCUUCUGGAUACAAAGAGAAGGGACCAGACCUGAUUUACUCUGCGGGAGGUCAGCUGACUACCCUGUUAUACAGACACAUUUCACAGUGCUUGUGUGUUCUACUGUUGUUUUGGGAGGGUUUUUGAAGGCAUGGAUAAAGAAUUCUGAAGUCCUUGUCCUGACAAUUCUUUCUCUGUUGGGAUUUGUGCUGGGACAACUGGCCUACAAUUUUAUUGAGAUUCACAAAAUUGUCUACCCUCUUCUAAGAACCUCAAGCUUUUCACUUUAUUGUUAUUUUCUACCUUUAAUUAUAUUUAUGGCUGCUUUGGACGUGGAUUUUUAUCUACUGAAGAAUGUGUUUUGGCAGGUCUUAUUGACUGGAAUAAUUAGCUUUUGUACAGCACUCAUCGUAAUUGGAUAUGUGGUUCUGAAAUUCAAUAAAGAAUUGUGGGAUUUGCAAUCUUGCCUACUUUUUAGUAUUACUCUUGGCAUUACAGAUCCUAUUCGUUCUGUGAAUUCACUGGGAAAUAUUGGCAUUUCCAAAAUGUACAUUGAUAUCAUUAGAGGAGAAUCAUUGAUCAUUUGUGGCAUCACAUCCAUAUUUUUUGGAAUUUUUCGGAGCAACACAAUUCACAUUUCCAUGUUUAGGGAGUUACAUGUAGUCGUAAGCCUCUGCUUGGACAUAUGUGGAAGCAUAGUAUGUGGAUAUUGGUGUGCAAGAGUCAUUCAGUUUAUAUUGACUGACCUUUUUAGCAACACGCUGACUAAUGUCAUUCUCUGCUUUUCAUUGGUGUACCUGACUUUCUACAUUGUGGAAUUUUUGGGAAUGUCAGGAAUUGUUGCUUUAACCACUGUAGGGCUGAAUUUAGAUUCCUUAAGCUUUAAACCAAGGAUCGAGUUCAUAAUUACUAAGUUCUUAAUGAUGUUUUCAUCUGUAUUCGAACAUUUAAUAUAUACUUUCUUUGGCAUUGUGAUUGGAUGUGGAGAAAUCAAGUAUUUUAGACUUCAGACUCUAAGUUUCAUGUUCAUCUUGUUUGUGACAGUGAAUUUUGUAAGGUUGCUUACUGUUGUUUUAGUGAGCCCUAUUUUGAUGCAGUUAAGUUAUGAAUAUAAUUGGAAAUUGGGAAUUGUUAUUACAUUGUCUGGAAUUAAAGGCGUUUUUAGCUUACUCUUGGCUCCUGAUGUUCAUAAUCUGGCUGAACAAACUGUUGAAUCACCGCAAAUGUUUAUAUUCUAUGUACAAGUGGUAUCCCUAUUGACUAUGGGAAUAAAUUCAUACAUGAUGACUGAGUCAGCUAGGACAUUAGGUUUGUGUGUUAUUUCUCUCCCAAGACAACUGGCCAUGCAAAAUGCCAUUAAGCACAUACAGGAGAUAAUACAGAACACAGUGACUUUAUUUAAAACAGAAAAAAUUUUGACAAAUGUUAAUUGGACCUUAGUAGAAGAAAAAACCAUGAUUGAAUACAUCAAUCCUUCUGAUGCUGCUCGGUUUUCCCGUGUUUCGCAUAAUGAACAAGAAGAGGAGGAGUCUCCAACAGAUGAAGUUUUAAUAGAAGAAGCCAGAUUGCAUGUAGCUAUAAUACAAAUGAGUAGCUUCGAAAAACAAUGUAACGAUGGCAUCCUCAGUGUAGAGGCAGCCCGGAUAUUAAUUGGUGCAUCCAAAAGCUAUUGCCACAUCCAGGGAAAAUUCAUGACUAUUUAUGAUGUUUCAACUUACGUAAGAGCUAGAAGUUGGCUUAUGAAAUUUAAAAAUAUGUUAACUUUCUUCAAUUAUAGUAAAGAAAAGGCAUAUUAUUUACUAUGUGGGAAAAAUAGAUUUAUGAAUAUUGCCUAUAAAAUUGUGUUUUCAGAAGAAUUUGAAUGUACAGGACAUGUGAUAACACUAAUGUAUACUUAUCCUAUGAUAGUACAUUUGUGGCCAAUGGCAAGAAAGUUAAAUGGGCCAGCACUGAUGGCAAUAAACUACUACUAUAUAUUUCUCUAUAUAGGAGAAAUAGCAUUGAAGGUAAUAAUUUUGAAACGGAAAUAUUUUCACCGGUAUUGGAAUAUUUUGGAAUUUUUUAUUCUGGUUAUUGGAAUAGUUGAUAUCUUUUGUAUAUACUUUGUCAAAUUGAGACCAGACAACUUGACCCUUAUUCAGAGUACAGUAAUAAUAGGAUAUUUCAGAAUGAUGAGGUUUAUUCCUAUCAUCAAGAUAAUAAUACCGUUACUGAUAAAUAUUGUAGACGUGCAGAUCAAAAAGCGUCUCAGCUUGAUGUAUUGUAUUACAAAAGGCUAUGUCAAAAGUCAAGAGGAUACCAAACUUUUAAUUAAACAAAUUUCUAGCCGAGAAUCAAUAUAUCAGAAAUUAUAUGAAAUUUUGGAAACCAACAAACGAGAUGCUGUCAAAGAACUAGGACUCAUAGAGCAUGAGGGUCGUGAUGUUGUCAUUGCUUUGAAGACUAAGCAGGCAAUCCAGAAUGUGAUUGCUAAGGCUCUGAAACACCUCACCUUCCUCUGGUCAAGAGGUAUUAUCGAUAAGCAUGAAGGCAUUGAGAUGAAUAAGGUGCUUCUUUCAAAAAUAAAAUCACUGAAUAACUUUCCAAUGGCUAUCCCACCCCCUACUCCUGACAAAUAUCUUCAUAACAUCGUUUGGCUGGAAAAUAAAGAUGUUCUCAUUGAGUUCUUCAAGGAAAAAGCCCAACUUGCAUAUUUUGACUAUGGAGACAUCAUAUGUAAAGAAGGUGAAAUGCCACAAGGAAUCUACCUAAUUAUUUCAGGAAUGGCAAUUUUGCAUAGUUCACCUCCUACCUUUGGAAUAGACAGUUCCAUAAUGCCUAAGAGAGAGCCCCACACCAUGUUUACAGAGUACUGCACUUGUGGGGACAUAAUUGGAGAGUUGAGUUGUCUGCUUAAGUGUGAAAUUGAGUAUACUGCCAUCUGUGAAACUAUUUUACAGGCCUGCUUUAUCUCUCUGGAGGAUUUGUAUGAAGGCUUUGAUGUCUUCUGGCCAUCCCUGGAAUAUAAAAUAUGGCUAAAGCUUGCUCUCAGUACUGCCUAUCAGUAUUUUGAAUCAAGUCUCAUUGAUGAGGACUUAAAGUUUCAGAAGUGUGUGACCCUCAAUCAUGCCUAUGUGGAGACUUUGUCAAGCUACAAUGAAAUGAUUAUUGAUAAUGUGAAUAUGAAAUUCGUUAUUAUUGUGUAUGGCAGUGUAAUUGAUACAAAGACAAAGGAACCAUAUCUUGCGCCUUGCAUUAUACCUAAAACCUGUGAGCAGGUCCAGGGAACGUCGGAUUUAAGCAAGCUGCUGAUUAUCCUAGCAUCCAAGCCUGCCACCAAUGUUAAUAACAAUGCCACAGUCAUAGCCACUGAACGAAUUGGAACAACCAAGAUAGAAUAUAACUGGAAAAAAAGACUCGAGGCGGGGCGGAGAAGCGCCGGACAAGUGGUGGCCCGU